AUGCUGCGUUACCUGCUCAAGACGCUGCUGCAAAUGAACUUGUUCGCGGACUCACUGGCCGGGGACAUCGCCAACUCCAGCGAGCUACUCUUCGGCUUCAACUCUUCGACGGCUGCGCUCAAUCACAGCUUGCUGCCCACCAGCGAGCCGUCCUUCAACGGGUCACGAGCUGGACCGGAGGACGCCAUGCCGCGCAUCGUGGAGCAGCCGCCGGAUCUGCUGGUGUCCCGAGGCGAACCUGCCACGCUGCCCUGCCGCGCCGAAGGCCGACCCCGGCCCAACAUCGAGUGGUACAAGAAUGGGGCGCGCGUGGCCACGGCGCGCGAGGACCCCCGCGCACACCGUCUGCUGCUGCCCAGCGGCGCCCUCUUCUUCCCGCGCAUCGUUCACGGCCGCCGCGCGCGACCCGACGAGGGUGUCUACACUUGCGUGGCGCGCAACUACCUGGGAGUAGCGGCUAGCCGGAACGCCUCGUUGGAAGUGGCAGUUCUCCGCGAUGAUUUCCGGCAGUCUCCUGGGAACGUGGUGGUGGCAGUGGGGGAGCCAGCAGUAAUGGAAUGCGUACCCCCACGCGGCCACCCAGAGCCUUCGGUGUCCUGGAAGAAGAACCAGGCUAGACUCAAGGAGGAGGAGGGAAGAAUCACGAUCCGUGGCGGGAAGCUGAUGGUGUCAUAUACACACAAGACUGAUGCAGGGAUGUAUGUGUGCGUGGCCUCGAACAUGGCAGGAGAACGGGAGAGUGGGGCAGCAGAGCUGCUGGUGCUCGAGCGCCCAUCAUUUCUGCGUAGACCAGUGAAUCAGGUGGUCCUGGCUGAUGCCCCAGUGGAUUUCCCAUGUGUAGUGCAGGGGGAUCCCCCGCCUCGUCUACAGUGGCGCAAGGAGGAUGGGGAACUGCCCACAGGCAGGUAUGAGAUCCGGAGCAACCACAGCCUUUGGAUUGGGCGUGUGCGUGCUGAAGACGAGGGGAUGUACACCUGUGUGGCGGAGAACAGCAUCGGACGUGCUGAAGCUUCUGGCUCCCUCACUGUUCACGUUCCGCCCCAGCUGGUGACCCAGCCCCAGAACCAGAUGGCAGCUCCUGGAGAGAGUGUAACUUUCCAGUGUGAGACCAAAGGAAACCCCCCACCAGCCAUCUUCUGGCAGAAGGAAGGAAGCCAAGUCCUGCUUUUCCCCAGUCAGUCACUGCAGCCCACUGGGCGCUUCUCAGUCUCUCCCAGAGGCCAGCUGAGCAUCAGGGAAGUGCAGAGCAGGGAUGCUGGCUACUACGUGUGCCAGGCUGUCAGCGUGGCUGGCAGCGUCCUGGCCAAGGCCCUGCUGGAGGUGAAAGGAGCCUCCCUGGAUGGGCUACCGCCCAUCAUCCUCCAGGGACCAGUCAAUCAGACGCUGUCCCUUGGGUCCUCUGUGUGGCUGCCAUGCAGAGUGACCGGGAACCCGCAGCCUAGUGUUCAGUGGAAGAAGGAUGGGCAAUGGCUUCAGGGGGAUUACCUCCAGCUCAACCUGAUGGCCAACGGGACCCUGUACAUUGCCUCCCUGCAGGAAAUGGACCUGGGGCUCUAUAGCUGUGUGGCCCGGAGUUCCAUGGGGGAGGCCACGUGGAGUGGCUGGCUUAGGAGGCGGGAAGAUUGGGGAGUAUCACCAGACCCCCCUACAGAACUCAGUACCCCUCCGGGGCCUCCCUCUCAGCCAGUGGUCACUGAGAUCACCAAGAACAGCAUUACCCUGACCUGGAAGCCCAACCCAGAGGCCGGGGCCACAGUCACCUCUUAUUUGAUAGAGGCCUUCAGUCAAGCAGCUGGCAGCACGUGGCGGACAGUGGCAGAUGGUGUGCAGCUGGAGACACACACAGUCAGCGGCCUGCAGCCCGACACCAUCUACCUGUUCCUGGUGCGGGCGGUGGGAGCCUGGGGCCUAAGUGAGCCCAGCCCUGUGUCCGAGCCUGUCCGCACCCGGGACAAGAGCCCAUCCAGGCCAGAGGAGGAUCCAUGGAGAGGCCAGCGGGGACUGGCUGAAGUGGCUGUGCGUAUCCAGGAGCCCGUCAUCCUUGGGCCCCGGACCCUGCAGGUGUCCUGGACUGUAGAUGGCCCCGUUCAGCUGGUACAAGGUUACCGGGUGUCUUGGAUGGUAGCAGGUCCUGAUGAGGGAAGCUGGACAGUGCUGGACUUACCGUCCCUAAACCACCAAAGUACUGUGCUAAGAGGACUCCCCCCAGGGGCCCAGGUUCAGAUCAAGGUGCAAGCCCAAGGCCAGGAGGGGCUGGGGGCUGAAAGCCCUUUGGUGACCAGGACCAUUCCAGAGGAGGCCCCCAGUGGUCCCCCCCAGGGAGUGGCAGUGGCCUUGGGGGGUGAAGGCAACAGCAGUAUCACUGUGUCCUGGGAACCUCCACUUCCCUCCCAACAAAAUGGGGUCAUCAAGGAAUACCAGAUCUGGUGCCUGGGCAACGAGAGCCGCUUCCACCUCAACCGGUCAGCAGAAGGCCGGGCACGCUCAGCGGUGCUUUGGGGACUGCUGCCGGGUCUUCUCUACCAGACACUGGUCGCAGCGGCCACCAGCGCGGGUGUGGGUGUGGCCAGUGCUCCGGUGUUGGUGCAGCUGCCGUCUCCGCCGGAGUUGGAGCCUGGGCUCGAGGUGGGCCCGGGCCUAGCUGAGCGGCUGGCGAGGGUGCUGCGGGAGCCCGCCUUCCUCGCGGGCAGCGGCGCCGCCUGCGGAGCGCUGCUGCUGGGACUGUGCGCCGCGCUCUACCGGCGCCGGAGGCAGCGCAAGGAGCUCAGUCACUACACGGCCUCUUUUGCCUACACACCUGCAGUGUCUUUCCCACACUCAGAGGGCCUCUCUGGAGCCAGUGCCAGGCCGUCCAUGGGCCUUGGCCCUGCUCCCUACCCAUGGCUGGCAGACUCAUGGCCACACCCUUCCCGGAGCCCCUCAGCCCAGGAACCCAGGGGAAGCUGCCGGCCUAGCAAUCCUGACCCAGAUGACAGAUAUUACAAUGAAGCUGGAAUCUCCCUAUACCUGGCUCAGACAGCCAGGGGUGCUGCUGCCCCUGCUGAGGGUCCUGUCUACAGCACCAUUGACCCAGUGGGGGAAGAGCUACAGACCUUCCAUGGGGGGUUCCCCCAACACCUCUCAGGGGAUCCAGGCACCUGGAGCCAGUAUGCCCCUCCAGAAUGGAGCCAGGGGGACAGUGGAGCCAGGGGAGGCAAAGUAAAACUUCUGGGAAAAGCUGUGCAGAUGCCCUCUCUCAACUGGCCAGAAGCCCUGCCACCACCUCCCCCAUCCUGUGAACUGAACUGCCUCGGGGGGCCUGAGGAGGAGCUGGAGGAGGCCGGCUCUGAGUCCAAAGCAUGGUGCCCACCGAUGCCUGAGAGGAGCCAACCAGCAGAGCCUGACUCCAGCGGAGGAUGCUUGGUCCCUCCAUCCCGAGGGGAAACCCCCUCUCCCACACCUUCCUAUGGACAACAGUCCACAGCCACCCUUACCCCCUCCCCUCCUGAUCCUCCCCAGCCUCCCACUGACAUUCCCCAUCUCCACCAAAUGCCCAGGAGGGCGCCCCUGGGGCCGAGUUCCCCUCUCAGUGUAGCUCAGCCCACUCUGAGUAGCCACGAAGGGAGGCCUGCUGGCCCGGGUGUGGGCCCCACUGCCCCCCAUCACCUCAGCCUCAGCUCUGUCCCUAGCACAGCCAGCAAUGCUCCAGGGAGGAGCCGGCAGGUGGCUGGGGAGAUGACUCCCCCAGCUCAAGGGGCCCGUGCCAGAUUCCGGAAGAAACCCAAGGCUCUUCCCUGCAGGCGGGAGCGCAGUCCUGGGGACUUGCCACCACCACCCUUGCCGCCCCCAGAGGAAGAGGCAGCCUGGGCCUUAGGGCUGAGAGCAGCAGGCAGCAUGUCCUCCUUGGAACGAGAGCGGGAGCGCAGUGGGGAGAGGAAAAUGGUGCAGGCGGGGCCCCUGGGGGCCCAGUGGGGUCCUCACCCGGAUGAGGAGGCCUGGCUCCCCUACAACCGACCGAGCUUCCUGUCGCGGGGCCAGGGCACCAGCACCUGCUCCACAGCCGGCAGCAACUCUUCCAGAGGCUCCAGCAGCUCUCGGGGCUCCCGGGGCCCUGGCCGCAGCCGGAGCCGCAGCCGGAGCCAGAACCAGAACCAAAGGCCAGGACAGAAACGUCGAGAGGAACCAAGAUGACCUUUGAUGAAAACAUCAGGAGUGCGACAGGGAAG